AUGUCCCGUCUUGCUUUCCUCGUCGUUGCGCUCUCCGCACUCGCUUCCACAGUGUCCGCAUCUCCUAUCGCUGCGAACGCGACCGAGGUGCUCGACAAGCGUGUCACUCAUGAUGGCAAGGCCACUUGGUACAACGUUGGCCUGGGUGCUUGCGGAUACACAGACACCGACAACAAGCCGAUCGUUGCCAUCUCUCACCUCAUCUACGGGAGCGGCGGUAACUGCAACCAAUGGAUUGCGAUCACCAACAAGGCCAAUGGGGUCACUAAGUACGGGCAGACCCGCGAUGAAUGCAUGGGCUGCGGGCAGUCUGAUAUCGACUUGAGUCCGUCAUUGUUCGAGUCGCUCGGAGCGGACCUCGGCAAGGGUGUCUUGCAGGUCGAGUGGCACUUUGAGAACAAGGCUUGGAGCCCUUGA